UAGCCGACAAUGGUGCCGUAGAAUCUAAGCGUCGCCGUCCCUCUUCCUUUUCUUCCUUCCUCUCCAUUGCUCAAAGAUCGGGUCGAUUGAUCGUUUCCAGCGAUUGGCCAGACGUGCAUUCUCAUUUCUCAGUCGCCAGCUGCUAAAGGCUGAUCGAAGAAUCCAUUACUCAGCGAGAGAGAGAGAGGAGAGAGUGCAGCAACCGCUAUCAGAGAGACCGUUGAUGACAUUUGACGAGUCGUGGAUGGAGAGUAAGAGCUUCGCCAAGGCUCUGCAGGAACUGAAAAAUUUAAGACCCCAACUUUAUUCUGCUGCUGAGUACUGUGAAAAGUCCUAUGUCCAUAAUGAGCAGAAACAGAUGGUGCUAGAUAAUUUGAAAGAUUAUGCUGUGAAAGCUCUGGUUAAUGCAGUUGAUCAUCUUGGUAUUGUUGCAUACAAAUUAGGGGAACUACUCGAACAGCAAACAUUGCAUGCUUCUGCUUUGGACUUAAAAUUUGUAUGUCUUGAUCAGAGACUUCUAACUUGCCAAAAUUAUACUGAUAAAGAGGGACUUAGAGAGCAACAGUUUUCAAUAACCAUCCCAAGACUUCACAAACAUUAUCUGUUGCCAGGUCCUGUAUACAAAAGACUGCAAACGAGUACAAGUGAAUCUGGUCCAAAAUAUACUCUUGGAAAGCCACGUGCUCAUGGUUCAGGUACCCCAGCCCCAAAAACUCUUUGCUGGCACUUAGCUUCUGAAACAAAGUCAAGCUCAAAUUAUGCAUCUCCUGCAUCUGCAAGUGUUGAAGGUAUAGCUUCUGCAGUCACUCCCGGAACUUUUUGCCUUUCAGAUGGUGAAGUAGAUGUUUCAUCAGUACCUCCCUUGCCUGGUUGGACUUUCUCAGUCAAUAGCAGACUUGGUUCCACUGUUUCACUUGUCGCACUUGGUGCUGCACGACAGGAUUCACAUGAUCCAUUGAAAACGUUAACCACACAUAAGUCAUUUGACAGUGGAAGUCAGCGUCUGACCCCUCGCCCUCCAGUCCGGAGCAAAAGUAUGUUAUCUGCAUUAUUUGGCAAAACCAAAUCUGGCAAGCAUAAAACAAAUUAUGCCUCAUAACCAGCAUGAGAUGUCUCACCUCCUUUUUUUGAGCAGAGAACUAUUGUCUGCAUUAUUUGAUGAAAGCAAAGUAUGUAGCCUGUUGCCUUCCGAAUAGUUUCAUGCUAUUAUGAUCUUGUUAUGUCGGUCUUGCAACUAAUUAUACUUCACUCAAGCGUCUCAGACUGUUGUGAUC